AAAGAAGAAGUGAUUAUAUAUUUAUAUCUAGGGCUGAGCAGAGUGCGGUCUAGACCGCACCAAACCGCAAACCGAACCGCAAUAUUACGGUUUGGUGCGGUUUACGAUUUGAAAAGUACGGUGCGGUUUUUAAAUUUGACCAAACCGCGGUUUAGCGGUUUGGUGCGGUUUUAAAAAAAAUUUAAACCAAACCGCACCGCAAACCGCAAUCGUAAAUCGUAAAAUCAAUAAAAAUACUAAAAUUUAAAAAUAAAUUCAAAAAAUAAAAAAAUAAACAAAUAAAAAAAAUAAAAGAUCCUAAGAUUUUUUAAGGUUACUGAUUUUAUUUUGCAAAACCUAGUAGCCGACAUAUUCAUCUCUUAUCCUCAUCUUAGUCACUAUCCCUCUUCUCCCUCAUUUUUCUUCCUCUCUGACUCUUUAUAUCAAUUUCAUAAUUUCUACAUCUUUUUCUCCUUCAAAUCUUAAUUAUUGUGAGAUCAAGACCAUUGAUUUUCAAACAAAUCGACCACCACAUGCAAUCAUAUUGUUAAUUGCUCGCCUCCAAUACAAUAUUCACAAAGAAAUCUGAAUUUGUUUGUCUCAUAUAACGGAGUCAAGUACUGGGUCUUGCAAAAUGUCAAGUGCAGAAGGUAGUCCAAGUUCUGUUGGGACUCCCCUUGCUAAUGAUGAUAAUGAGAAGGUAGUCCAAGAAGGAAAAACCGCAAACCGCACCGCACCAAACCGUAUAUUGCGGUGCGGUUUGUAUAUAAUUGCGGUUUGGUACGGUUUGAAAAAAUCACAAACCACAAUUUUGCGGUUUGAGAUUCAAACUGCACCAAACCGCACCGUGCACAGCCCUAUUUAUAUCUCUCUUCGGUUGCCUCCAUUUAGAAGACUAUUGAAAUUUUUUAUUAGGUGAAUUUUAUGAGAGACAAUGUUGGUGGAAAAGAAUUGGCUUAAUUUGACAAUAUAGUCUAUUAUAACAUGCAAAAACUUAAUAGUAGAACAUAGAAAAAUACAAAUAGUAGGAUAUAAUGUAAGGUUGAAAGCCUAAUGGUUAUGAAGUAUUGCCUAUUGUAAUUGUUUUGGCCAAAAUCUGCUUGCUAGAUUCGACCAGGUUCUAUAGGCCAACAGCUAGAUUAAUAAGGAUAUGAAUGAUAGCGUACGUUCAAAGAAUGGGGGUGGAUAACCUACAAAAGAUGAACAAAGGCGAAAGAGAAGAAGAGACACAAGAUGAUGACGCAGAAAACCCAGGAAUAAGGAUAAAAACUGCGAGUGGCGUUGAGUCCACCAAUCUACUAGUUUCACAAUGAAUUACAGGAAUACCUAAUUGUUGGUACACAACACAAUGAAUCAGAAUCCUGCAAUGGAGCUUUAUUAUGCCAACAACACUACCUCUGCUUAUCCAAACCCUUAUCAACACCAACAUUCUGAUCAUUUCAUGGGCUUUUUCGACGGCCUUGCUCACCCCAAUGUCAAUCCCGUUUCCAACCCGAACCCGUCUCUUGCUUAUGUUUACCCUCAUGUCCCUAUGCCUAAUCACCAGGAAACUGCAUAUUGGUCAAUGAAUAUGAACUACAACAGAUCUGAUUUCUCUGAUGUCGGAACUACUUCUUAUUAUGGUUACGAUGUUACCAAUCCUUUGCCAAGAACCGAAAUUAAUCGCAGGACUUGGGAGUAUUCUCCUUCUAUGCACAUUGAAGAACCAACCAUGGUCAUGCAAUCCCAAGAAAAUGUAGUUACAACUUCAGAUGCUGCUGAAGAAUGUCCUGAUGACGAUCAAGACGAUGAUAAUCCUGAGGUUGCUUGGCAAGAUGACGUUGAUCCUGAUAGCAUGACUUACGAGGAAUUACUUGACCUGGGUGAGGCAGUAGGAAGUCAAAGUCGAGGUCUUUCUCAAGAACUUAUCAAGUUGCUUCCAACCUCUAGAUAUAAGGCGGGUGGUUUUUUCUCAAGGAAAAAAUCCAGAGAAAGAUGCGUAAUAUGCUUGGUUACAUACAAAAUUGGGGACCAACAAAUGACAUUGCCAUGCAAGCAUGUAUACCACUCCAAAUGUGGGAGGAAGUGGCUCAGCAUAAAUAAGACAUGUCCGGUUUGCAAUAGUGAAGUGUUCGGGGAUGAAGUAAGGAAUUGAAAACAUUAUUGGGCAAGCGUACAGAUACAAGCUUAGUUUUUGUGUUGUCAUCAAUUUUGUUCUUGGUUCCUGGUUUUUAGGUACAGAGAGCUGAUUUUGAAUUUACGGCUAUAUAGUCACCCCCUCCUCUUCUUAAUCUAACUGAUAUAUGACCAGUUAUGUCUCGUGGUACUCAGAAUCUAAUAUAGAGAGAAAAAAGUUCUAAAUGUUGCCUACUA